AAGUGCAUGUCUUCCCUUCAUCUUCACCAAUCAAACCCUCCACAAAAUGUUUUUACUUUUUACCACCACAUCCACAAUAAAAAAACACACAAAUAAGACCCUCUCCAACUCACAGGGGUAAAAAGUAAAAAGGUAAAAAUCUGUGGAAAAAGAGAGGAAAAAGGAGUGUAAGAUGAUCUAGUACAGCACGAGCAGAGAGACCAGCAUCACUUCUCUCCCAGAGUCCUCGUCCUCGUCCUUCUUCAAUUGCCACCCAGUCAGUCAAUUUCUCUCACAUAUACGCACAGAGAGAGAGAGAGAGAAAGACAAAGAGAAAGAGAGCACACACUGUGUGUGUGUGUGUGUGUGUGUGUGAGAUUUCUAUUGGCUUACCAAGCUUUUUUUAUCUGGUGCCAAGCAAUCUGAGAAGGAUGGGAAAUAAUGGUGCUGAUGCAGUUCCUAGGGUGGAUGAGGCUGGAGGUGCUGAAGCCACCAUUGAGAUAAAAUUAAAAACAUUGGAUUCUCAAACAUAUACUCUGAGAGUGGAUAAACAGGUGCCUGUCCCUGCUCUAAAAGAACAGAUUGCCUCUGUCACUGGUGUGUUAUCAGAGCAACAACGUCUAAUAUGCCGAGGAAAGGUUCUAAAGGAUGAUCAACUCCUCUCUGCAUACCAUGUUGAAGACGGUCAUACCUUGCAUAUGGUUGUGCGGCAACCUGUUCCACCAUCAUCUGAGGGUUUAUCACAUCAUCCAGCAACUGAUCCUGCUUCAAGUACAAGCCGUGGUCACAGCACUCAGGUGGCUCCUGGUGUUGUUAUUGAAACUUUCAGUUUGCCUGUUCAGGGGGAUGGGGUUCCUCCAGAAAUCAAUCGGAUUGUCUCUGCUGUUCUGGGUUCUAUUGGAAUUUCAAACAUUGUAAGUGGCAAUGAAGGGACUGAUGUCAGGGAACAUGGCCCACAGAAUCCUAUGCAGCUUCAUCCUGAACAAGCUGGUGUCAGGGGUCCAUCUGAUAGAUUUCAUAGUACUUAUGGACUUCCAUCAUCAGUUUCUUUGGGAUCUCCACAGCCUCCUGUAAUUCCUGAUUCUUUGACUACACUAUCACAAAAUCUAAGUUUUAUGAGGCGUGAAUUUGAUGCCAUUGUGGCAGGCAGAGGUGGGGAAAGCAAUGCUCAGGCAGCUGCUGCAACUAGGACUUCAGAGAGAGGUUCUCAUUCCAUACCACGUACAGGAACUGUACAAGAAGGGUUUCCGACACCUGGAUCCUUGGCUGAAGUCAUGCAAUCUACCAGAGAAAUGCUCGUCGACCAUGUGGGAGAAUGCCUGCACCUACUUGCUAGACAAUUGGAGGAUCAAGUAAAUAUGACUGAUCACUCAGUGCGGUCAAGCACUCAGACCAGUGCAUUGAGAACUGGGGGUCUACUUCAUAAUCUAGGUGCAUUUCUACUUGAACUUGGCCGUACAACCAUGACAUUGCGGCUGGGCCAAACACCGUCGGAAGCAGUCGUUAACGCUGGACCUGCAGUUUUCAUAUCCCCAACUGGUCCAAAUCCUAUUAUGGUUCAGCCUCUUCCUUUUCAAACAGGAACAAACUUUGGUGCUAUCCCCAUGGGAUCUGUGCAGCCUGGCUCUGGCUUGGUUAAUGGAAUUGGUACUGGCUUUCUUCCGAGGCGUAUUGAUAUACAAAUCCGAAGAGGUUCUUCAACAACCACACCACAUGUUAAUCGAGAGGAACGUAGUGAUACUCAGCAGCCCACUGGGCACAGAGACUCAGUAGCUAGUGGUGAAAUUCCUAUUAAUCCACCGACUUCAAGGGUCUCAGAGGGUCCAUCUUUUGCUGGAGAGUCAGGAGUACGGGUAGUACCAAUAAGGACCAUGGUUGCAGCAGUACCUAGUCCCUUUAGCCGCCUACCUUCAGAUUCAUCCGGUAAUUCAAUAGGUUUAUACUAUCCAGUUCUUGGAAGGUUUCAACAUGUGGCUUCUGGAAAUGUGAGUGGUGAACAAGGAUUUCAAACAUCUGGGGAGCGUCAUCCUGCUGGUCUCCAGAAUGAGCAGCAGACGGAUUCUGCAGUACAACAACAUAACACAGAUGGUCCAGCAAUAGAUGGAUCAUUUCCAACUCCCAAUUUAAGACAGCAGGAGCCAUCUAAUGCACGCAGUGUAAAUAUCAACAUUCUGUCAGCUGGUGGGACUCAAAACAACCCGGAUUCUGAUAGACAGCUACCAAGCAGUGUUGUGCAGUUUUUGAGGACCCUCUUUCCUGGUGGUGAAAUUCAUGUAGAAGAAGCCAGUUCACAGGAAACAGCAAGAGGUGCUGUCCCAGAGCAUGCAGGGACAUCUAAUGGUGUUAUGAAUGCAAUGGAACCAGAACCAAGAGUGAGUGAUGAAGGAAUAUUUUUGUCUAAUAUGCUUCGUCAGAUCAUACCCUUAAUAUCUCAACAAGCAGGUGUAGAGCCAGAUGGUAGACAUACGGAAGAAACUAACACAUUUGAGAAUAGACUGCCUCGGGAUUCUUCUUCUCAGGCUGAGAACUCAGAUGUUGGGACGUCUCGUCGACCAAGUGAUGGUGAAUCUAACCCUCCAAAUUCUAAACGCCAAAAGAUGGAGUGAUUUGUCAUGCGACUUGAUGCUACUUGUGGUUACAAAGUUAUGAUCAAUGACAUGAGAGAUGCAUAUUGGUUCGUCAAUAUAGUGUAUUUUUUUUUUUUUUUUUCCUUCUCAAGUGGGAAGUUGUGAAAUUAAUAUUUAUCGAGUUAUAGGCGAUACUCUUUGACAAAACUUGCUUCUUUCCUUAACCUUAGAUAACAUUUUAGUGUUGUAAGGCAGUAAAUUGGAUUUUACUUCAUAUAGUGUUAUCUGUUGCUGAUGUGCUA